UGAGAGGUUCGUUCGAAUGGGUGAGUUCGCACAUCGGUUCUUGCACAAGCACACGACAGUUCGUCGUCACUCACACACUCACACACACAGUGAGAGAGAGAGAAGAAGGCACCGAGGACACCAGCUAUGUACACAGACUAGUCACCACCACAGACCAACCGCAACACAGCCGCCUCGACCGCCACCCUAAAAAUACAGAGACGGCCUCAACCCACCGACCAGCCAUCCAUCCAGCCAGCCACUCAUGCAGCCAGCCUACCAUCCAGCCAGCCAUCCAGCUACGUCAGUAAGUCAGACAGUGGAUCAUCAGCACUCGACGGUGACGCCAUGGUGUGCCUUGAGCUCAUGUUGGUCCUCAUCCUCGUCAAACAUGGCCUCUUCCUCAAAGGGCGUCCGCAGGUGCUGCGCCGAUGACGGGAAGGGCGGAGGGAAGCCGGCCGCCCCGGCGUCAGCCACCUGGCCGGUCUCCUCCCCCCUCAGCUGCUUGCGGAAGAUCUGGAGGGGCCGUUUGAAUCCCUUGGGGGCUCCCUCUGGCUGCGGGGCGGCGAUCUCAGUGACCUUCUCGAAGCCCACUUGCCGCGUCAGGAGGUCCUCAAAGUCUUGCGGCUUGAGCUGGAUGGCAUUGAUGCUCUGCUGGAUGUCUGGGGGCAAGGUCUUGGCCUUCUUCUUGUAGGACGACCAGGGCUGUGGCUCCAACACAAACAGACCGCCCGGCUCCAGCAGCCGGUAGACCUUGACAAAGAAGUCGCGGACGCCCGUGUCGCCCUGGUGGAUGUGCACCCACUUGAUGACGCUCAAAGCCAGGAUCACACCGAACUGGUCGCCCCGACGCUCGAAGAUGUCAGACAGCACGAAGUUCUCGGCGCGGAACUCUAUGUUGUGCGGGAAGCUCUCCUGGCUGCUGUGGGGCGACUUGUCGUCGGUCUCAAGCUGGUCGAGGGACCCCUCCCCGCCCUCAUCUUCCUCCUCCUCGUCGAAUACGCCCUCGUCAGACGCCUCCUCCUCCCCACCACCCUCACCCUCCUGUGUCUCGUUCAGGGCCGCCAGGUCGAUGUCGAUCUCGCCAUCCGGCAGCUCGGGCUCCUGCUGUUGCGCCUGCCGGCCCUUGCCCGACACUGCAUCGUCAUGCAGCUUGCCGAGAGUGGCCGUGUGCCGCGGGGGAGCUGCCGCUGCGGUCGCGUCAGCGGCCGAUGGGGUGCCGUCCCUGCCAUGUCGCUUGGUCUCCUCCCUCCUCACUUUAUCGAUUACGCUCUGCGGUGCCUCCCACCAGUGGAGAGGCUUCGUGCCGGGGUGGGCCCAGGGGUAGGGACGGCCGCUCGCUGCACACUCAGCAGCAACAGCAGCAUCAGCAGCAUCAGGCUUGUCACGGCCGUGGUGCUUCUUGGGCAUCUUCCGCUUGGCCGUGUCGACCCGUAUCUGCCAGCCGUUCUUCUUGAUGCGCUUGAGAAUGCGGUUGGCCUCAGCGACGAGCUCGACGUCGACGUCGAUGCCGACGACGUGCAUGGGGUCGAGGAGGGCGGCGACGGUGAGGGGGAUGACGCCGAUGUUGCAGCCGAUGUCCAGAACGUACUUGGCCUCGAACAGCUGGGGGUCGAAGCGCACAAGGGCGUCGAUGCGGGGGUCGACCUGGCUUUCGUAGAGGUGUGAGGGGUCGCGAUAGCCGUCGUAGUACCGGUUGUAGUUGCCGUGGGUGUAGACGGGCUUGUUCUGGUGCCGGAUGGGACCGCGGAUGAGACCUAGAGGCUGCAGCACCGCAGGCAGCCCUUUGGCGUCACGCUCCAGCCGACGAGCCUUCUUCUUCGACAGCGGCUUCUUCUUCGCCUCUCCUCCUCCAGAGGCAGAGGCAGAGGCAGCAGCACUGCUCGGCUUCCUGUCGCCUUGCUGUGCACCAGCAUCAUCCGUCCUGCCCCGCUCUGCCGCUGUGCCGUCCCGCUGCGAGCUCUCUCCUUCCUUGGCGUCGUGGUUUUGCCUGCUGGGUACGUCUUGCAGUCUGCGUUUCUUCCUGAGCGGCGACGGUGAGGGUCGGUGAUUGGUUGACUCAGGCGACUCGCUCUCGCGGUGGCUGAAGUUGCGUCGCUUGCCCUUGCGGUGAGAGGGAGAGCGAGGCCGGGAGGCGUUGGGCCGGCGUCGCUUGAAGGGACGGGCUGACUGGCUGCGGCUUCGGGGACGCUCACUUAGGGGAAUAUGAGGCGGGCGGUGGAGGUCUUCGCUGUCCAUGAUCCAGAUGCCAUAACACGCGACAAAGCAAGCGGUCUUAUCAAAG